AUUGAACCUGAUACACUGGUCGACAACCGCCGGCAAAACCCACGAAGAAGAAGAACGUUUGGAAAAUGGCGGGUGUCUCGAGAGAAAAACGACUUGAACGAAACGUCUAUGACGCACUGCAGGCUGCGUCUUGUCCCUUGGUAGAAAGUCUGUACCUGCAGGAAGCGGAGAGUAUGCUGCAGCUGCUGUGUGCUCCCUCGCAGCACCGCACUGACAUACUGGCAUGGAUCUUCUGCAGGUACGCAUCAACCCAAACUUUGCCAGUUCCAAGGCGAUGUCGAUGAGAUCCAAAGAUCCAGAUGUUCUGACUAAAGAGAUGGCUGUGCUUGGGCAUGACCUGAUGUUGUGCAAAGCAGAUGACCUGGACCUGAUCAGGGGCGAUGCGAGUCCUCCCAGGCAGCUUCAGUUCCUGGAGCAGCUCUUGGCUCUAGUCCCCGGUUGCAAGAAGUCUGCUGGCCACACAGUGGAUGCAGCGAUGCUGCUGAACGAGCUCUACGCUGCUGAGAACCUGCCACACCUCAUACAAAUGCUCACACCCACAUUCGAUCCCUGGCCUUCACACAUCAAGGCUCUAUGCAAGGGCACCAAGUCAUCCAAUAAGCCAAGCAGAGAAGAGGAUGCUGAUGUUGCCGCCCUGCUGCAGCAAACUCAGUCAGCACUGGAGCAGCUACAGUCAGAGUGUGAAUUCCUGAACAAUGAGGCGCAGAGUCCUGGCGUCUUCUCUCCGAGCUCAUUGCGUGUGGCGGCACGUGACCUCCAGCAGUUGAUGGCUACUUUCAGCCACGUUUACGAAACAGACUUGAGAGCUUAUUGCAGCAGAGAUCCCCCCAGCUUCAGCACAGAGACCGAAGUCUUCCAGAGAGUUCACCAACUGCUGCUGGCCUGCAUCACGGAGUUAGAAAUGCUUAAAGAAGUUUCAGAAGCUUCAGUGUCCAUGACUGAGGAUGUAAACCAAAUACAAACACAGCCCUGCUACUGGAGCAGAGGAGAGAAGCGCACGUUACCGGACCAAUUGGAGGAACUUACUAGAAAAAUGCUUCUGAUGGCAUCUCUUACCUCAUGUAGUGCAGACACCAGCCAAAACACUUCAAAACACCAGUGUGCUGAAGUGAGCACCGCACUCAAAAUAAUGCAGUAGUACCGGGACAACAGUCUAAUCUGUGGUUGUGUUAAAACUGUAAACGUCAAACAGGAUUGUGACUGAAAGACGUUUCAGCAGAACUGCACCCGUCUUUUUGUGUUAGAGUAAACUAACACUGUUUGAUGGAGUCAUGCACACCCUGCUCAUUAUUCUAACACGACUGCGGUGUUGGACAGGCUCUGUGUUGUCAAUCAUAAUACUGCAAACAAUGAACACUGAAAUGCGUUACAGUAGUGAGAAGGGACAAUAGGAACAGUCUUGUCAGAAUUCAAGUCCUUUUUUGUUUCUCACCUUCACUUGUUUUGUCCUUUUGAAGCACUCAAUAUAAAUGUGCCUAUUUCAUUACUGAAUAAAUAUGUUUUAAACUGUAA